CGGGAGUGCGGGAGGCAGGGGUAGAGGGAGGUGGCGGCAGCGGCUAGCGGACUCGAGUCAUUACCGGGCCGAGGCAGACACCUCUGUGGAGAGAGGCAGUAGGAGCACCGAGCACCGGAGGCGGCACCGGGAUCCCCGGCUUAAGGGGAGGGGGGCGCCGGACCGGGAGGAGGGGAGGGGGCGAUGCUGGAAGCCAUGGCGGAGCCCAGUCCCGAAGAUCCACCUCCGACCCUGAAGCCAGAAACUCAGCCUCCAGAGAAACGUCGGAGAACAAUUGAAGAUUUCAACAAAUUCUGCAGUUUUGUCUUGGCUUAUGCCGGUUACAUCCCCCCUAGUAAAGAGGAAAGUGACUGGCCAGCCUCUGGCUCCAGCUCUCCAUUGCGCGGUGAGAGUGCAGCAGACAGUGAUGGCUGGGACUCAGCCCCUUCAGAUCUCCGAACCAUCCAGACGUUUGUGAAGAAAGCAAAGUCAUCCAAGAGGAGGGCAGCUCAGGGGGGUCCCACUCAGCCAGGACCCCCAAGGUCCACUUUCUCUCGUCUGCAGGCCCCUGACAGUGCAACUCUGCUCGAGAAGAUGAAGCUCAAGGACUCUCUCUUUGAUCUAGAUGGUCCCAAAGUGGCGUCCCCACUGUCCCCCACCUCCCUGACACACGCCUCCCGACCCCCUGCUGCUCUCACCCCAGUACCCCUUGCCCAGGGAGACCUCUCACAGCCCCCUCGAAAGAAGGACCGGAAGAACCGAAAGUUGGGGCCAGGAGGGGGGGCUGGCUUUGGGGUGCUUAGGAGGCCUCGGCCAGCUCCUGGGGACGGGGAAAAGAGGUCUCGAAUUAAGAAGAGCAAGAAACGGAAGUUGAAAAAGGCAGACCGAGGAGAUAGACUCCCACCUCCUGGGCCUCCCCGGGCACCCCCCAGUGACACAGACUCUGAAGAGGAGGAGGAAGAGGAGGAAGAGGAAGAAGAGGAAGACAUGGUAGCCAUGGUAGGGGGGGAAGCCCCAGCCCCCGUGCUGCCAACACCCCCUGAGGCUUCUAGGCCUCCAGCCACAGUGCACCCCGAAGGAGCCCCUCCCACCGACGGCGAAAGCAAGGAAGUGGGCAGCACUGAAACGAGCCAGGAUGGUGAUGCCAGCUCCAGUGAAGGCGAAAUGCGGGUCAUGGAUGAGGACAUCAUGGUAGAAUCAGGUGAUGACUCAUGGGACCUGAUCACAUGCUACUGCCGAAAGCCCUUUGCAGGGCGGCCCAUGAUUGAGUGCAGCCUGUGUGGGACGUGGAUCCACCUCUCUUGUGCUAAGAUCAAGAAGACCAACGUCCCUGACUUCUUUUACUGCCAGAAAUGCAAGGAACUGCGGCCAGAGGCCCGGCGGUUAGGGGGUACUCCCAAGUCUGGAGAGCCCUGACAUCGCCGUGCCUAGGCUGGGACUCCCUGUGACAGCAUGACUUGGGAGCUGAGCCUCCGGGUCUUCGGCCCGUCCCCCUGGAGCUUGGGUAUUGUCCCACUCGAGGCAGGAAUUCCCACUGGAGGCUGGUUUGGAAAGGAGUGUCUCACCUUCCAACCUUAUCUUUCCUUCCCUCCUUGUGGACUUGAAUAUGGACCUGCUGCAGUUGGGGGUGAGAGGCUGGUCCCUAGACACAUAAUUUCUGUCCCCUAGACCUGCCACCCUUCGCUUUCUGGGCCAGGGUUGGAAUUGGGGUGGAAUGGGACAGCUGGCUAUAAAACUCUAGUGUAAAUAGAGCACUCCCCUUCUUCAUCUUUUCUUUUAUCUCCCCAUUUAUUCUACACCGGUUGUAUUUUUAAUUUUGGACUUCCCCUUUUGGGCAGGGCAGCUCGGAGGUGGAGUACCAACCAGGGUCUGGCCAAGGGAGGAAGGAAAACAGGUGACGAUAUGUUCGCUCACCUCUUUUGUUUUUAAUAAUAUUGGCCAGCUGUUUGUACAGACAGCCUGCGUAUUGUAAAUAAAGCAGAGUGGGCUCUUUUGUGUUUA